GGUCCGUGAAGCGCUGACUGUCUCCACUUCAAAGAAAACUGCGAUUUGACUUACAGUGUUGCAGCACGGUGAAGACGCUGAGUGGGCGGCGCGGACUUUUCUCUUCACAUAACUACUUUUCGUUGUCGCCUCCAUCUUUCAGUUUAGCUGGACUGCUGCUUUUGUGUAAGUCUUAAAGUUUCAAAAUGUCCAGCGACCUCAGGCCAAAGCUGUGCGUCUUAGAAAAAGGGGACGACGGCUACGGUUUUCAUCUCCACGGCGAAAAGAACAAGCUAGGUCAGUUCAUCCGGCAUGUGGAAGCCGACUCUCCUGCCGCCGAGGCGGGUCUGAUGGCCGGGGACAAACUGGCGUUCGUGAACGGGGAGAAUGUGGAGGACGAGAAGCAUCAACAGGUGGUGUCCCGCAUACGAGGCAUCACGGGCAAACUAGAGCUCAUCGUUGUGGACGCAGAGACCGCAAAUCUGCUGCAGAAGCACAACAUGAAGUGCCAGAAAGAGUAUCUGACUGAUGGGAUACCGAUACCGAGCAGUGCUGAAUCGGGCCAUGAAGAGGAGAUGAAGAACGGGACACCAAGGGAGUCCACCCCCGUCCCGGAGACAAAUGGGGACAUACGCAUGGAUAGACUGAGCGUGAGCUCCAAGGAAUCAAAGAACGAGCUGCGUCCACGUCUCUGUCACAUGAAGAAGGGUGCCACCGGAUAUGGCUUUAACCUGCACACAGAGAAGUCAAAACCUGGCCAGUACAUCAGGGCGGUGGAUGAGGACUCCCCAGCAGAGAAAUCUGGACUUCGGCCCCAAGAUAAAAUAGUGGAGGUGAAUGGCGUUCCGGUGUACACAAUGCACCAUUCAGAGGUGGUGGCGACCAUCAAGGCAGGAGGAGAUGAGACCAGACUGCUGGUGGUGGAUCCUGAGACAGACGCCUUCUUCAGAAGCUGUGAUGUCCUUCCAACUGAGAAUCAUCUCACAGGUCCUCUCCCAGAGUCUCUUUCCAGCCGUGAUGCAGAAGAUCAGGUGAAUGGAAAAGCAAGCCAGGAAGAAAAGCCUAAAGUAGCUAUGAGUUUGUCGACCUCCAGCACCUCCUCCAACACCUCCUCUUCUGCAGCUCCGGCCAGCACCUCCGCACCAGAGGAGAAACCAAAAGCAAAGGCCUCGAGUGAUGACGCAGGACUAUCUCUGAACAUAUCGCUGCAGCAGGCCAAGGAACGCGCUCACCAGAAACGCUCCAACAAGAGAGCCCCACAGAUGGACUGGAGCAAAAGAAACGAGCUCUUCAGCAACCUCUGAGCCUCCUUUGUGCCUCCCCUCUUCCUCUCACCCACUUCUUUUCAUCUGUUUUUCUUUACUUCCUCUCCCCCUUUUUACAAUUGUCUGUCCCCUCAUGCCUCUCUGCUCCUUUGUUCUCUCUUUAGGUACACUUGCACACAAUUAGAAACCCUUUCACAUGUAUAUUUUAAACCAGUGUUAUUUUGUCUCUGUGAUUUCUGAAUCUGUUGAUCAACUUUUGACUUGAUUUACCUCUAUUUCACUGAUAUAAGAUGAAAUAUAUGAUUUAACAUUACUGUAUAAUGUACAGCCUAGAAUAUAUAUAUAUUUUUUUU